AUGACCUUGUCACUCGGUCAGCCCGUGGCGGAAAUCAUCAGGAACGACUUCGACGGCCCUCAUGCAGACGGUUCCUACAGAUGGGCGUUCCAGACUGAGGGCGGCAUAUUCCACGAGCAACGCGGCUCAGUACAAAAUACCGCGACCGCUGAACAGAGCCUUUUAGUGGAGGGCCAGUACCAAUACACUGCACCCGACGGUCAGGUCAUCAACGUCCUGUACAAGGCGGAUGAGAGCGGCUUCCGCGCCGAGGGUGACCACAUACCCACGCCGCCCCCAAUUCCGCCGGCGAUACAGCGCGCCCUGGACUACCUGGCAACACUACCACCCAACAGACUGUCUAAUGCU